UCAAUGAACUCAGCGAUAUUCUUGUUACAAUCGGCACGAUAAUCAAUAUCGUCAACAACGUUAUCAACGUUGCACAUGAUGUAUACGUAUGACACAUACGAUAUACGUACGCAAGAGGUUGUAGUGUCUCGCUCUUUGACCGGCAGCGAAGCAUAACCAACUCGAGCACAAAAGACGUCUGCAUUCUCGUACGGCUCACAAGCGUUUGAAGAGAGUCGACUGACUGAUACAGAUUGCCCGAAAACUUCUCUCACGCUGCCACAGAAAUCAAAAUGCAAAGCCCUAUCCCCCGGUCUGGUGCGGACCGCGGCCUCGGCCAUAGCAAUUCAAUCAGCUAUCCCAAGACUCGAGUGAGGGCGACGCGUUCAGUCAACCCUUCUCACGGCGGUAGUGGUGUCCAGAAGCGCGGGAAAACUUCCAUGCAGAAUCAGACGCUCAAGUCAACGUGUCCGUUGGAUAUUAUUGUCGAUCACCUCAACGCGCCCAGAAAAGCAAAGCGUGUACAGUCGAAAUACGUUGGCGGUGGUUCCGGAGAUGAGAGCCGUGUUGUUUGUCCCUUUCACAAGUAUGAUCCGAAAACCUAUCGGAUGUCUUCGUGUAAAGGGAAGGGAUUCAAUGAGUUUGCCAAGAUGAAGGAUCAUUUCAAACAAAUUCAUGGCUCAUCACAGGAGGUUCACGAUGCCGACCUCAAUUUCAAGAAGAAGGAAUAUAGUAGUCUGGACACUCUAGGGGCUAAGUGGAGAUUGGUCUAUAAGCGUCUUUUUCCUCACGUGGCCUCGAUACCAUCUCCUUACGCCAACGAACAAGAAGAUUCUGAUGCCUUUCUGCACAGAGUUGCCAAAAGGGUGGCCUCGAUAAGGAAUGACUACAGUCUUGAAGAGCUCAUCAUCAAAAUCGCGCGAGACCUUAAAGAGAAUCGAUCUGAAAGGUCAGCAUCGGUCGACUCAGCGGUAGGAUUCGAGUUGGAAGAUUCGAGGGUCACAAAGGUGGACGAGCCUAUAACGCCACCACCCGGGCCCUACGAAGGCUCUUCUCGGAUAACCGUCGAUGAGGCGUACAGUGAGCAAAGUCCCAAAUUUGCUCAGAAAGCUAUUGGGGAGCCUCAUGCGCACUCACAACCAGCAGCGCCCUCGUGGCCGUGCCAGUGGGGCUGUAUCGCAGGAAUGACUCCAGCGGACGACAGGGCACGAGACAAUGGAUUUCAGCCUUCGCAGGCUAUUCCUGAAGCUAGCUUCACGCCGUCAGAAAAUGACUCAUACUUUGAUCUAUCGCACGAACAUAUACCUCAGUCCGGUUCGGAUACCGUCACAGUCAGCGCGCCAUUCGCAAGCCAAGGAAACGCUCUACAUGAUCUGAACAAUGACCUAUAUGCUAUAUCCAGUCACCAAACCAACGACGAUUUUGUGUACCAUGGUUCUACUAUUGCGCCGAUGGCUCACAAUCUAUCCAAAGAGAGUUUGGAGAUGCCGCCAGCGACCUGUCCCAGCCUUGAAAAGCAAAGCCAAGUAUGGUCAUCAAUUACAAACGAGUACCUCAACGGUCUCAACGAAGGGUUCGGCACCGAAGACUGGGUUCAGACGAGCAUGCUUGGCGAGGAGGUAGGGAGUUAUCAAGAUCAGGAGGUCUUUACUGGCGCAUGAAGGCUGCUGGUGUUGGACAUGACGUUCAUGGGUGUUAGAAAAGCUUAUUUACUGGCAACAUGUUCGCCGUAAAUUUGGGCUGGGCAGACGCAUGCAGUCUUCGUAUCGGCUCUUCUAUUUUUCGCUAGGGCUACAAGAGGUGAUGAAGGUUGCAAACGACGAAGGCGAAAGCGGUAUUCUUCCACGUGCUCAUGAUCAGUGAUGUGCGUGCUGUUUACUGAGUCUUAGUGACAG